AUGUAUGGUCUACGCAGUUAUGAUUAUCAAAUUUAUCUGGAGAGAUGCCUGAUAGCAUCUGGAAUAUCUCCUAAAGAAGUAGAAGAAAGGGCUAUGAAAGCUAAAUUUCGUGUCAAGAAUAGAAAAUAUGAUAAUCUUGUGAAAAAUUAUGGAGACUAUCUAAAGAAACUGCAAGCUGAAAAGGAUCUGAACAAUUAUAUUAAGAUACUUGCAGUAAAGAUGUUUCCUAAAGAAGAAGCAUAUACUGAAAGACUAGAAAAUUAUCGCAAAAGGUAUGAAGAUAAUGAUCUAUAUAGCAGUUUAGAGGAAUUAUAUGAGCUUUAUUAUCAUAUAGCUAAGGAGGAGAAUCACGAAAAGUCAGAUGAUAAAAUAGAACAGAUGCUCAGAGCAAUAGCAAUCUAG